AUGGCCACCUCUCGUGUCUUCGCCUCCCGCAUGGCCUCCGUCAUGGCCCAGACCUCCAAGGUCGCCCGCCCUGCUGCUCGCUUCCAGCUCAACGCUGCCACCAAGCGCACCUUCACCCAGAAGGCCCCCGCCUUCGGUGCCCCCAAGCGCAUCCAGUCUCCCACUCUCCUCCAGGCCAAGGCCUUCCAGACUGCCGCCCGCCGCCAGUACUCCUCCGAGGUCGCCUCCGCCAUGGUUGAGGUCUCCAAGAACAUCGGUAUGGGUUCCGCCGCCAUCGGUCUCGGUGGUGCCGGUAUCGGUAUCGGUCUCGUCUUCGCCGCUCUCCUCAUGAGUGUCUCCCGCAACCCUGCCCUCCGUGGCCAGCUCUUCUCCUACGCCAUUCUUGGCUUCGCCUUCGUCGAGGCCAUGGGUCUCUUCGAUCUCAUGGUUGCCAUGAUGUGCAAGUACGUCUAA